UGACUCUAUGACCGGCCCAUGACCGGCCCCUGUGACCGGCGCUACCGGCGCUCUGUCUGCUGCUCUAAGCACUGGGGCUAAAAGCUAGUGAUACUUAUAUAAUAGUAAACAUUACUAGGAUCUCUAAGCAUGUCGUUUGACUCCGGUGAAGCCAGUACUGGUGUGGACAGAGAAAUGCAACAAUUCUUGGCCGUGGAACAGCAAAAAGCGCAGUUCCAGGCGCAGGUCCAUCGGCUCAAUGAGAUUUGCUGGGACAAGUGCAUGGACAAGCCAGGCACCAAGCUGGACGGGCGGACAGAGACCUGCCUGUCAAACUGUGUAGAGCGUUUUAUCGACACAUCACUCUCAAUCACUAACCGCUUUGCACAGUUAUUGCAGAGGUCAGCUGCUGGCCACACAUAGCCCUGUGUGAAAAUCUAGGUCAUUGAACGAAGCAAAUUUAUUGCAUCACUGUUCAUCUGGAAGAAAGAAAAAAAGAAAAACAAAACCCAGGAGUUGACUACAACGGUGGCAAGUCUCACCAGGCUUCAUCAUGUUCAGUAGCACAAAUUAAAAAUUAUUACUUGAUGAA